AACGUCGUUAUCACCAUGUCGUCCGAUACAGACGCAUCUCUGGACAAAACCGUCCUAGCCGUUUCCUUCGCCUCCGCCGUCCUCUACCUCUUUCAAGUCCGCUCCAGCCCCUCGUACUCGCGCACGCUCGUCAAGACCUCUUCCACCGCCUUGCUCUCCUACCUCUCUCACCUUCUCGGCGGCCCCCAAUUUCUUACUGGCGCUCUAGCUCUCAGCUCCCUCGGCGAUGCCUUCCUUGCUUGGGAUGGUGACCUAGCCUCCCUUUGUGGUCUGUCCAGCUUCUUGGUUGCUCAUGUCCUCUACAUCUUGUUGUUUCUGCAGCCGCAACAUGCUGCUGGGUUCCAAAAUUUAUUGAUGGCAAGAUGGCGCACCGCAACGGCUGGCGGAUUGGCACUUUUGGUCCCUGUCAUGAUCGCCACAUUGAUGCCCAAAGUUGGCAACCCAUUCAGAGUACCGGUGAUGGUGUACUCGCUUACCAUUUGUGUGAUGGCCCUGACGGCGCUGACAUUGGAAAAUGGAAGGGUGAUUGUGGGAACCACCAUGUUCACGGCGUCGGAUUCGAUCCUUGCGGCGGACAAGUUCCUGGUGCCUGAGACAACGGGGUAUAGAGGCUGGAUGCGGAGAGCCGCUUGGGUGUUGUACUAUGGAGGGCAGGCAUUGAUCACGCUGGGAUUUGUUGAGCCGGCGUGGUAGGGCACGUCCGGUGACUACACGGCGGUCACGCUUAUGGUGGACAGCGUGUUAUAACCCGGCUUUCGACUGUAAGCUAAAGUCUGGCUCAAGCCUCAAGCCUCUAGUGUCAGCUUUCAGCACUUGGCUACUAGGGUUGGGGGUAGUGAAUGAUGCUAUCGACGACAUUACAAAUGGUUCUCGGAUCCUGGAAGGACAAGGCCAGGACCUCAGCUUCGGCACAACAGAACGAAACAGCCAAGUCAACAUCGCGGAUUUAACAGAAGGCAGCUCUCUACCCGAACAGCCAUUGUCCCGGAAAUCAACAUCAUUUUAAGGCUAACUCUUCGCAUCCCUAUUGUUUCCCUCCAUCCUUUGGACCUAUUCAUUGUCUCGAACAUAGGCAUCCUGCUGGUUCUUUACGGGCUUGUA